AUGGCGAUACUUAUGCUGCUCUUCAUCGUUUUCACGGCGCUUCAAGCUGUCAUGGGAAUCGAGUAUACUGACAAAGGUGUUGCCGUUGUUGGUACGACCGAAUCCUUGAACGUGGACGUUACGGCUGGAGUUUCUCGAGAAGAUUUAAUUGCUUACGAGCUCGCAUCAUACAUCGCCGCCCACUUUACCAAAUUUAGUCUGCCGGAUGAGGAUUCCGUGGUGAUCAGCUCCAUUAACAUCAAUUUCACUCUCUCACACACCUACACCGGCCAAGGUCGUGAUUCGAGCGGAGCAUUUAUCGCCAGUUUCAUCCCAGGCAGCUCCGUCACCGUCACUUAUAAGCCCGUCGGGGUGGCUGCUGUAGGCCAAGGAUACCGCAUUACGGGGUUCUCCCGUGGAUACCCGACUAUGCGCCCUGAGACGGUCUGUGGCAACGGAGAUCAGUCUCUACCUGCCAAAUGCUACAUUCUAGGCUCGAAUAUGUCCAAAGACCUACCUGAAGCUUAUCAGAAGUAUCAAGCUGUCGCUCGUAUGCUAAUCAAUGGCACUUAUCUAUGCACAGUAGAGAGACUUGGUUGUCGAGGAAAACUUGUGGCGACGACUUCGACGUAUAUCACUGGAAGCGACGAUAUCGAUUAUGCGGUAGUACAGCUGCCGGCCUGCACUGAUCUCUCGCCAUACGGGUAUCUCCAGCUACGCGAGUCUGGACCGGUAGUGAACGAGUCGAUCUACGUACCGCAACAUCCGGACGGGUAUGCGAAACGCAUUGUAAGCACUGUUGAUGCUGGGGACGAUACAACAAUUCGCAGUAUCGGUGAAGAUGUAGAUUGCGGAACGGACCAAGUAGGCUACGACGCAGAUACAAAAGGAGGUUCGUCAGGCUCGCCGCUGAUUGCUUCUAGCGAUAGCUUGGUGGUUGCAAUUCAUCAUUGUGGCGAAUGCAUGAACACUGCCAUUGACGUGCGUACGGUUCUGAUCGACUUGGCAGAGAAGAAUAUCACGAUCAAGAAUCUCGUGCCGGCGGAAGAUAUGGGUCAAAGCAGUCAGCCCUUUUAUUACACCACUCUCUAUGUACCGCUUAACCCCAAUACCAAGCAUUUGGUCAACGCGCAACGUCUAGCGCUGUGUAAAGAAGGUGUCAAGCACGUAAAUGGAGCUCGGGCGGGUGUGAUUAACUACCCAGCGCUGCUGGAAGCUGUCGAGAACGGCAAGGUUGCAGCGCGUGACUUGGCUUACAAGGUAAACGACGCGCUAGCAGGCAAGUCUUUUAAGGGUGUGCUUAACGCGCCUAACAUCAAUUUUGGCAAGCGCAAGGAGUUCAUGCCUUUACUGUCACUUGCCGAAAAGCUUGGCAGCAUGCAGGCGCAGCUGCUGGACGACAGUCGUCUCAAGCGCGUACUUGUCAUUGCGGAGGGACCCAAGCUGGUAAAGGGCGUGAUGAAGGGGUCGCUAUCGCACAUGAUGGAGGAGGAGGUGACGUUUGCAAACGCGAAACAGCUUGCUGACGUCAUGGGCAUCCAAACUGUGGAGCACAAGCACGACGAAGCGUCUGGCAGCAGCUUCUCAGACCUCAGACCAACUUGCUCUGCGUUUGUGUCUUUCGACGAUCUUCCCAUGGAUGCCAUUCCGAGUGGCUCGAUGCUGGUGUUUAACAACACGGAUCAGCCUGGUGUGCUGCGCAAGGUGACGUCGGUGCUAGCAAAGCACAAGAUUAAUAUUGGCUGCUUUGGUCUGGCACCUGAAUAA